UCUUUUUUUUCCUGUGGGAAACACAGAGUUUAGUGAAAGGGAAGAAUUUCUUCGAAAUGUGGUCCUAUGUGUUCAGGCCUACUUCCAAAACAUAGGAGGGAUGGAAGGGAGAAGGUCCUGGCCCAAGAACACCUGUGAAACCUAUUGCUAAUAUAAAUUCCUCUGCUGAAAAAAUGCUUGUAGCCCAUGUGGAGAAACAUGAAUUUGGGUUUCUGUUCAGAUUUUUCAUGCAUCCAAGAUUCAUGGGCAGUCAGUGAAUCCAGGAUUCAAGGACCCACACUCAGAGAAAUGAACAAGUUCAGAAUCUAGGAGGAAAGAGUUGCUGAGGCACACCAUCAUAAACAUGCUCUCCUUUAUAGACCCCUCUUCUUCCAGGACAGGGAACCAAAUUGAUUAGUAUCUGUCACUGCAGGAGAUGGUGGCUUGAAAAUGGACCUGCUAGAGGACCUUGAGUCCCUGCAGUUUGAGUAUGGGAUUCCAGAGGAAGAUAGUAGCUUGCUGUAUUUGCAGGGCCGUUAUCGGGGACUGAUGAUCAAUGCCUGUGCCCAUGCAACCUUCUUCUGCAAACUGUUAUGCAAUUUGAGAGAAUCAUUACAUGAGAAUCAAAGUUCCAGCUAUCUCUCAGCUGGAUCACUUCAUUUAGCCACCCCUGACAAUAAGGAGUUAAAGGUGGGCAUCAUUGGAGGUGGCCACCUUGGGAAGCAGCUGGCUCGCACACUGCUGCAGCUUGUCCCCAUCCCUGCUGAGAGCCUGCGAAUCUCCACUAGGAGGCCAGAGGCCCUGGAUGAGUUCCAGAAACUGGGGGUCCAGUGCUUUUAUCGUAACUCUAAUCUGGCGAGUUGGGCCAAUGUGAUAUUCCUCUGCUGCUUGCCGUCUCAGCUGAGCCAUAUCUGCUUAGAAAUUCAAACCAGCCUUGAGAAAACCUGCAUUGUGUACAGCUUUGUAGCUGCUGUCCCACUACCCAGGUUGAAACUACUACUGAAUCAUACCAAUAUCUUGCGACCUCAAUAUGAGUGUGUUGAAGACGGUGCCAACAUCUGGGGGACCAAUAAGGAAGUUGCAACUGCUCUCCAAGAUCCUGUGAUUCCUCAGGCUACUUGCCCCUACAGUCCUGCUGGGGGAAUAAUCCUCAAUAUCAAGUGGUUGGUGGGAGUGUUCUAUGCAGCCCUAAACAUGUGCACGGCAGGAAACAUGGCCAGCCCACAAGCGCUGCUGCUUCUGAAUGAACUGUUUCUCUCUGUGCAUUUCGAAGACUGUGGGAAAGGAACAGCAUCUUGCCCAAAGUUUCAACCAACAAAUUUUGUCAGCAAAACUUAUGUCAGGAACUUGUCUAAGAAAAGGUCUUUCCCUUGGUUUGAUCUGACUACUGUGCAACUCAGGGAAACUCCCUUUAGCCAGCAUCUCUCAACCAGUACUGUUCUCCAAGACCACCUUACCUAUCUGUACUGUGAUUCAUUUGGCAUCUCCUUGACCAAAGAAGAGCCAGUGGUUUCCACAGGCUCUCCAUCGCAAUAAAAUAACUCAGGAAAUCCGGAUUUUUUUCCCCCUCACAGAUUUGCUCUAUAAUAGUUGUGCCCUGAUUAUCAUAAUUGACAGUAGGAGUCAUGUGAUUGUAUUGUGUUUGCCACAUGUUAGGCACUAGGAAUUAGAAAACUGUACUGAUGGCUUUUCAAAAUGGAGAAUAAAACAAGUGGUCCUAUAUAUCAAUAUGUGUCUGGCUGUCAGAAGCAACCAGUGAAACUACACAACCUAACACACUUAAGUAAGCUGCUUUCCCAAAAAUACAAAUUAUUUCUCUUCUAAAAGCUAAAUUCAAGGAGUUUUAAUGUCAUUAUUAGACAAUUAUGUACUGCAGCUUCUCUUCUAAUCAAUCAUAUUCCAAAUUGAUUGGCAAACUCCAAUCAAUUUGCCAGCAGUAUGUGGCUGGCAAAUGAUACAGCUUGAUUUUCCUGCAAUUUUGGACAGAGAAGUAAAUGUAUG